AUGAUUAUUCCCAAGACGCUUGUUAUUCUUGCCACGGCUCUGUCCGCCACCGCGACCCAUGUCCACAACCAGUUUGGCAAGGAUGGCUACAUCCAGGACGAUCAAGGCUCUGAGAUUUUCCUGAAAAACAAGGGUUCCGUCACCGUCGGAGGUGGAUGGGGAUUUUUCUGGGUUGCUUCCUCCGUGUGUAGCAAAAACUCGGUUGCCUAUACCUGGCCAACCAACUAUGGAGAAUAUCAACUGAUAUACAUUCAGACGUCUACAUCAGAAGCGAUGGCUUCCUUUAUGACUCAAGCGGUAUCCAAAUUUCUGGUGGAGCGCACCUCUGCGGUUAAGAGAUCUACCUACAGACUGUUUGAUCCCUGA